AUGGCCUCCCCGACCACAGCCGCGGGCUUGUCGUCCCCUGCUGUGGUCCCCCCCGAUCCCCCAGCCAAGCCCGUGAGGUCGGCGUUGGACUUCUUCUUCUUCGGGCGCUUCCGGGGCAGCUCGCUCCCGGCAAGGCCCACGCCAGCGCUGCUCUUCCAGCUCGUGGAGUCUUGCUCGAGCUCCACGAUCUUUACCAUGCCGAACCCAACAAGACGCGCAAUGCACACUGAUCGCCGUUUUUUUGAGAGAGCAGUUCACGCCUGCACGCGGAAAACUUCAUCGUCAUUUGACGAGAGGGGCGCGGCAGAGAUGGGGGGAACUCGAGCGAUGCUGCGAGCUCUCGCAGGCUUUGCAGUCACAUCGAGGACGCUAGUAUCGACGUCGAGGGAUUCGGCUGCCGUUUCCCUCAUGUCGUCGUGCGUGGGCAGCGGGUGGCGUAGGUGGGUCACCGCGUCAGGCUCAGUCAUCGACGAGCCGUGGAGGAUCAGCCAGGCGAGGGGCAUGUCGAUAGAUAGGAGACGCGAUCGGACGGAGGACGUGACGAAGAAGAACUCAGUAGCUGCGCACAGGAUUAACGAACAGAUCACCGCUCGUCAUAUCAGGCUCGUGAUGGGGGGAGACGGCGAGGGCGACACCAAAUCGCACGAGGUGAUACCCACCAUCGUCGCCCGCAAGCGCGCCAGGGAUGCCGGCCUGGACCUGGUGGAGAUGAACGCCAAGGCGGUUCCCCCUGUCUGUCGCAUGCUCGACUAUGACGCGUUCAGGUAUGAGCUUCGCGUGAAGGAGAGGGAGGCGCGGAAAAAGGCCGUGGAGAGGAGGCGGCACGAUCAGGUCAAGGAGCUCAGGCUCAGCGCGAGGAUCAGCACCAACGACCUCAGGACCAAGGCGGACCAGGCAAAUCGUUUCUUGGAGCAGGGGCACAAGGUGACGGCUCGGAUAGAGUUCAAGUCGAACGAUGGCGUGAAAGCCAAUAUGCGACCCGACGCGGGCGCGAUACUGUACGAGGAGUUCUGUGCGAUGCUAAACCCACAUAAGGUGGAGGUUGAGGGGAAGAUGGUUGGUCCUUCACACAUGAUACUAACGGUAGCCCAGGAGAGGGAGAAAAAAGGACAAGCGAAGAAGCAGAAGCCCAAGGAGAAACAAGUGGACGCGGCAACGCAGGAGGUGUCGUAA